AUGGCCGCCCUGGCCGUCAUCAAUUGUCAACUCGCCUGUUUCUGCAGCGGCCGGUCCCUUUCCCCAGGCCCCGCCGAGCAUCGGGUAAUUUUCCCGCUCCACUGGAGAGACGACAUCCUGCCCGACAUCCAUGGCUACCAAGUCCCGCCGUCGCCGCCGCCGCCGCAGCCUUUGGCCCAUAGUUUCGGCUUGUCGCUUGGUAUCCACAGUCGACGUGCCUACGGGUACGCCAGCACGUCGAGGGUCGUGGAGAAAUGUGCACGCACGCAGCAUGCAUGCAUGCAGCUUGGCUGCAAUCACUUCUCGACCGUGCAAGGCGGUGAGAGCCCAUCGUCCAAAGGGAUGAGCCGGGGCUAUUUGCGAUCUGAGCCGUUUGGCCAGGCUUGUUUGGCCUCGCUGUCGCUCAGCGAGGUCAGCACGCCCGGCGUCAGCAAGGAGCUCCUCAGCACACGCUACACGCCGGCCUGGGCGUGUUGA